AUGUAAAUUUGUGAUUUCCCUUUUAUAGAAUUACGAAUUCAAUACCCAGAUUGUGGGUUUUAAUUAAUUUAAAUUAAUAAACUCAACAUGUAAAUUGCAGAUGAACAAUAAGAUGUUUAACAUUCCAUCCCAGACCUCGACAACGUGAACAUCAAAUUAGGAGACGACGAAAAGAAAGUUAAUCAAAUCUCAUCCAACACUGUCUCUUAAGUCCAAUAACCUCAAUAGGUUGCCAUCCAAAUGCAGCCACUCCCCCAAAAAGCAGCAGAUCCUUCCUUUCUUUCAUAAUUGUUUCAUUGUUUAUUUAAGGGUCUUGCCAUUUUUGUAUUUUUCAUUCCAGAAGGCUUACUAAAUCUCACAUACUGUUUUAUCGUCGUAGUGAUUUUAUCAGCAAUUGAUUUUUGGACCGUCAAGAACAUCACCGGAAGGUAAAAACUUGUUGGUUUGAGAUGGUGGUCAGAAGUAAAGGAAGAUGGAUCUGAGGAAUGGAUAUAUGAAUCUCAAGUGGCUAAUUUUAUCCCUAAUCCAUUCAAUUCAAAUGUCUUUUGGUUUGCAUAAUUUGGUGUUGUAUUGACUUGGGGAAUCUUAAUCUUGUUGGAUUUAAUUGGUUUAAGAUGGUUUAAUGCUGUCUUAGCAAUGACUGCCUUUUGCUUGACAGGAAUUAAUUUCGUGGGAUUCUAUAAAUGUAGAGGAGAACAUCAAAAGAAAGCCAAAGAAUACAUGACUAAAAUUGGGUUGAAGGCAAUAUAGUAAUGGUGAAAUUGUUAUUAUAAUAA